AGAGAUGGGUACUGGAAGCAUCGAGGAUACGAGACAACCAGACCAUGUGCAGGCGCAGAUUAAUGGGCUACAUCUUGACGGAGGCAGUUCAGAGAUUAUCUUCCUUGGGACCGGCUCGUCUUCGGGCCUACCCUCUGUGCGGUGUGCGCUGAGCCCUGGAGGAGGAUGUCCAUGCUGCAAGGAAGCGAUGUCGAACCCAGACUCGAAGAAUCGGAGGGGGAAUCCGUCCCUGUUGAUACGAUACAGGGGCGGGAAGCGGGACAACCCAGGGGACGUUGAUGGGGGGUCGGGCGAGGCGAAGAACAUCCUGAUUGAUGCUGGCAAGACCUUCAAGGAGAGCGUCCUGCGGUGGUUUCCAAAGUUUGGAAUCAGGACGGUGGACGCCAUAGUUUUAACGCACGAGCAUGCCGAUGCUAUCCUUGGGCUGGACGACUUCCGUGAGCUUCAGACUUGGGACCUAGAGUGGAGGGGAAAGGCGCUUCCGCCGCCGACUCCUGUCUUCCUCUCGGACGCGACUUACAAGACACUUUGCAGCAUAUUCCCAUACCUUACAAAGAAGGUUGACACGUCGAAAGGGGAAUUCCAACGGAUGGUGUCUCAGCUCGAUUUCAACUGUGUCCCUCCUCUCAAGACCUUCAACGCGAUGGGCCUCGAGAUCAGAACUUUACCCGUUGAGCACGGGCCGGACUGCAUCUGCUACGGCUUCGACUUCGGCGUCAGGGACCGAGUUGUGUACCUCUCCGACUUCACCUCCAUCUCUGAAGAGGUUUACGAAGUUAUCGAGGAGAGGGAAGUAAGCAUCCUCGUCCUCGACAGCCUCAGGCCCGACAAGGACUCCCUAACCCACAUCGGAUUGCCGACAGCCGUCGAGAUCGCCAAGAGAGUAAAACCCAAGAAGACCUUCCUCGUCGGACUCUCUGACAACUUUGGGGAUCACGACGAAUUCAACCGGGGGCUACGAGACAAGUACGGCCCGCAGGGGAUAGACAUCCAGCUGGCGCACGACGGCCUAAGGAUCCCGCUAGAGUUGUAGGAGAGCCCCCUGCUCCCCUGCGGCCGGGCCUUGUGAGAGCGCAAGAUCAUGUCCGAGUGACAUGCUCAGGUAAGGCGACGGAAGGUCCCUUGCCGACGCGCUCAGCAAGCUUGCGCGGAUGUUUGAGAGAAGUCUGUUUCUUAGAUGUGUAUGCUACAGUAAGUCGGAACUUUAGAUUUGAUAACCUUGAGGGCCUCCGCUCCUCCAAAUUCCUCGAAGGUCUGCAUCGCCUUGAGGAUCUUGGGAGACAAGUCCCUAUCGCUGCUCUUCUUGUUCAUCUGCAUGACGAGGUUGUGGAUGUGCGGGUUCAUGGCUUCUCCCACCACCUCUGAGAGCUGAGUAGCAGCUUCCACUGCUCCUGCAAAUACGUUCUUGUUGGGGCUCAGCAGAGCCGCACGCAGGCAAGGGAUGAUCCGAGGGACGAGGGGAGUGGUCUUGGCCGAGCUUCCUUCAGCAGCCAGCAUGUGCUCGAAACAAGCGCGAGCGGCGAACGCGUACGGAUGCUGGGUCUCGCUCAGACCUUCUGCGCAGACGAUGAGCAGAGGGUCGUAGUCGAGCUCCCUAGGAUCUUUGCUCCACUGAAGCUUGAUGUUCACCGCUCCAUGGUUCAACCGGCAGGGGAUUCCUCCUGCGUUGAACACGCUGCCGAACUUCGUCUUGAACUCGCUCGCCUUGCUAGCAAAAGGGUCUGCGCACUUGACGUUCUUCAGUCGGGAGGAGGGCAGUUCAGUCCACCCCCUCGACGGUUGCCGCGAGCUCGACGGCGAUUCUGAAGCUGCAGAGACUUUGGCAUGCGCAGCGUGUCCCCCAUGGGGCACUGAAGAGGUCGACUUUCCUCGUCCUGAAGGGAUGGCUGGAGGCAUUUGGUUCGUCUUGUUCGUCAGGCCCUUGGCGUUCGUUUUCACAUUCAUCGGUAUGUUCAUCCUCGAACAAGCUUCCUUGCUUGUGUGAUAUUCCUUGUCGCUGAUCUCUCGUUUGUUCCU